GGUCGUUUACUCUCUUUAUCGUGUGCAGUGCUUGCAGCUUGUCAUCCCGUCCCCUAACCCUAACCUUUCUCCGCAGAUGAAGCGGGUUUCCUCCCCCAGGUAGUGCACCUGUCCAGCCUACUCCUCCCCCCUGUCUCCAGGCUUGACUACAGUACCCAAGGCGCACCGCGUCGCUCUCCGCGCGUCCGCCGCGCUCCUCCGCUGCGCCAGUCCGCCUCGCAGCACUCGUACAACCAGUUGGCUUGGCCCUUUUUUCUGCCUUCUCACUCUGUGCUGUUGUUGCCUGGUGUCAACCUACGUCGAGAAGACACAUCCCUCCCUCUCGACUGUUCGAGGGCUGCUCCAAUUUGCCUUCACUUUCCUCUCCACCGGCACCAUUGGCUGUCGCUCUGCCCGUCAAGCCGCUUCCUCGUCGGCGGAGUUGAGUAGCAACAGCUCGGAACAUCUGGCGGACCAGCGCCGCUCUCUCCCCGCCGCUCCUGUCCUUCCCUCGGCGGCUUGUUAUGGAAAUGAGUACAAAGUACAUCUAGUUUUUUUUUUCUCUAGAGGAAGAGCUUUGAAGGAGGAAGCAGAAAGACGUCGGAGCUGGUUGUCUGUUAUGAGGACGGCAGGAUGGAGUUUCCAGACCACAGCAGACACUUGCUCCAGUGUCUGAGUGAGCAGCGCCACCAGGGCUUCCUGUGCGACUCCACCGUGCUGGUGGGCGACGCCCAGUUCCGCGCCCACCGGGCCGUGCUGGCCUCCUGCAGCAUGUACUUCCACCUCUUCUACAAGGACCAGCUGGACAAGCGGGACGUGGUGCACCUCAACAGCGACAUCGUCACGGCGCCCGCCUUCGCCCUGCUGCUGGAGUUCAUGUACGAGGGCAAGCUGCAGUUCCAGGCGCUGCCCGUGGAGGACGUGCUGGCCGCCGCCAGCUACCUGCACAUGUACGACAUUGUCAAGGUGUGCAAGAAGCGGCUGAAGCGCAAGGGCGUGGAGGCGGACGUGGCGCGGCCCGAGGACGAGGCGGCCUCCAGCGGCUCGGACAAGGCGGACAGCGCCUCGGACGCCUCGCCGGGCCGGCCCGCCACCGCCGACCUGCUGCCCAGCGACGAGGACGACGAGGAGAAGCCGGAGGCGGCGGCUGCCCUGUGGCUGAGGAUGCCCGCCGCCGAGAGGGCGGGCACGCCGCUCGGCACGGCCAGCCCCCGGCAGGGCGAGGCGGAGGGCGCGGCGGGGGACCGGGGGAAGCUCCUCUCCCCGGCCGGCAGCCCCAGCAGCUCGCUCUCCCAGAGGUCCCAGCGCUCCCAGCGCUCGGCCGUCGCCCGCGUCGCCCGCCGGGGCAGGAAGGUGUCGAGCGACGCGGCCGACUGCGUCCUGGACCUGUCGGUCAAGCCCGUCGCCGGGGGCCACCAUGGUGGCCCCCUGCACCCGUCGUUCCUGAGCGGGGCGUCGGGGCCCGACGGCACGCUGGGCGUGAGGGUGAAGAUCGAGAGGGGCGUGGCGUCGGAGGAGGAGGAGGAGCGCGGCGUCUACGAGAUGGAGCACAGUGGCGUCGCCAAGGCCGCCGCGCCGAGCGCCAACGGGGGCCUGGGCCACCACGGGGUCACCGGGCCCCUGUCGGCCCAGCGCCGGCUGGGCCUGGAGGCCCACCUGUCGGCCCUGCGCGAGGCCUCGCUGGCCACGGAGCUGGAGAAGGAGAAGGCCCCGGGGGACAACGGGGAUAUGCUGGGGGCCGAGAGCGAGCGCUCCCAGCAUGCCGAGGCGGCCGGCAUGGACAGCACCCUGCUGCCCUACGUGUCCAACAUGCUGUCGGCGCCGCACCACGCGCAGAUCUUCAUGUGCCCGCUGUGCAACAAGGUGUUCCCCUCGCCGCACAUCCUGCAGAUCCACCUCAGCUCGCACUUCCGCGAGCAGGAGGGCAUCCGCGCCAAGCCCGCCGGCGACGUCAACGUGCCCACGUGCUCCAUCUGCGGCAAGACCUUCUCCUGCAUGUACACGCUGAAGAGGCACGAGCGGACGCACUCGGGCGAGAAGCCAUACACGUGCACCACGUGCGGCAAGAGCUUCCAGUACUCGCACAACCUCAGCCGGCACGCCGUGGUGCACACGCGGGAGAAGCCGCACGCGUGCAAGUGGUGCGAGCGGCGCUUCACGCAGUCGGGCGACCUGUACCGGCACAUCCGCAAGUUCCACUGCGAGCUGGUCAACUCGCUGUCGGUGAAGAGCGAGCCCCUGGCUCUGCCCAACGUCAGGGACUGGGCCAUAGAGGACAGCUCCCAGGAACUGUGGAAGUAGAGACACUGGCGGGCGGGAGAGCAGGGGAGGUAUGAGAGAGAGAGAGGGGAGGAAGGAUGGGAGGAAGGGAAAAAAGGCAGUUUGAAAGAGAGAAGUCAGGGGGAGAUGGUAAGGUGGUGGUUGUUUCGGCGUUAAAAUCACUCUCGUUUCUUGUACGUCGCAGAUCUCAUUCAAUUGCACUUUAAUAGCACAUGAUAAUGUUACUACUGAUUUCAUUUUUGGUUUGUCUGUGGGUCAUUUUGUCUUAUGCUAUUUUAUUCACCCAGUUUAUUUUAUUUUAUUGAUUCUGUUUGCUGAGAUUUUUUUUUAAAUACUAUGUUUAAAAUGUGGGUCGACAACAGAGCCACCUGCUGUUAAAUGUUUCACAGUGUGUGUGUGUGUGUGUGUGUGUGUGUCUGCGUGUGUGAAUGCGUGUGUGUGUGCGUGUGUUAAAUCACAACACUGGCUAGUUGAGGUCAAAACACACUGAAGUGAAAAACAUCCAACAAUUACAAAAUACCAAACGGGUACAGUGACUAUCACCUCCAUCUACACCACGCACACAGGACCUCUUGGACGUGUGUGUGUGUGGCUGCGUGUGUGAGGCUGGGUGUUUUUGAGAGACACUGUUAUUCAGGCAAAAGUUCACCUGACAUGCAUGCAAGUCGGCAUGUUGUGUGAGUGUGUUAGUGUGUGUUAAUAUUAUUAUUAUUAUUAUUAUCAUUAUUAUUAUGUUUUAUGUUUAUUAUUAUUAUUAUGGAGGGUUUUUUGCGAUGCACUCCAGGUAUCUCAAGUUAAGCUCUUUGCUGUGUGUGUGUGUGUGUGUGUGUGUAUGUGUGUGCGUGUAUGUACACAUGCUUGUGUGUGUGUGUAUGAGGGAAGGCUAACUGUCAUACAAAUGGCACUCAUGCAAUGCACAGCCUCUUUUUUUACUUCCAAUCAAUUUGAAGUAUUUUCUAAAAACGAAAAAGACCUUUACAAAUUAUUAAUAUUAUUAUUGUUGUUAUUAUUGUUAUAGAUCUUUUCUUAAAUCUAGAUGGCAGUCUUUAAAAAAAAAUCUUCUUGUCGAAAAAGGUAUUUAAUUUAAGUUGGGUGUACAUUGUUGCGCUAUUGUUUUACAACAUAUUGUUAUUUUAUUUUUUACCAUUAAUGUUCUAAUUAUUAUUAGUAUUUCAAAUUUUUAAAGUGGACCUGCUGUUGUUGCAUGACGUCCAUACCUGUAUAUUUUUGGGGAAAAAUGUGAAUUUGCUGUAUUACUGUACACAUUGUAAUUGAUCAAAUAAUUGACGACAGACUUUCUUUCUCUUUCGGUUCCUUUGUGAAUACUACUCCAGGGUGGGGUCUGUUGAACAGCUGUUGAAUAUUGUGCCCACGGAUAUGGACAAACGCAUGAAAUAUCAUUUAUAUUUAAUUUAGUGUGAUACAUUGGACCGUUUGUCAGUUGCUUUUCCUGGACGGGGUCGGAGGCAGAGGGGGACAGUGGAGAGGGGGGCGGAGGGGGGGUGCUCCUGGUACGCUGUGGGGGGUCACCGGCGGACCACUGGAAGAAUGUUCCGGCAGGUUUUCCCAUGGUUCAGGUGGAGAGAAAGCAGUGUGUUGAUGCACUAAUCUCCCUGCUAUGACUGUGUGUGUGUGUGUGUGUGUGUGUGUGUGUGUGUGUGUGUGUGUGUGUGUGUGUGUGUUGCGUGUUGGGGGGGAGCGAUUGUGCGUCCGUUCUCGUGACUAGUUUAUUUCUAGUCCACUUAACCUACUGAAUAGCUCCGUCCCCACAGCUUCUCCUCUACCACCGCUCGCUCUAUCUGCUGCAGUGUGUGUGUGUGUGUGUGUGUGUGUGUGUGAGUCUGUGUGUGCAUGUGCGUGCCAUUGCUUCCCAUCUGUGCCGCUCUCCUCUCCAGCACUAGGCUCGGUCAGGCUAACUCCUCGAUUUCAGCCUUGUCCCUACGACACUUAUUGCCCUGUCCUCUCGAAUGUGACUCACACUGGUCUGGAGCCGAGGCGGGGGCGAGAGAGGUAGAGAAGAGCUGAGGAGAGAGAGGGAGAGACGGAGAGCGAUGAGGAACAGCCAUGUUUUGUACUGUCCUGCUGCAAGUUGAAGGGUUAAGGUGUUGUUUUAUUUAUUUAUUAUUAUUUUCUCAGCGUAUCAUUUAGAGACGAUGUUGUGCUACAGCACGGUGAAAUACACACUUGAAGAAGGGGUAUGAGAACUAGUUCCACAACGACGUCUGUGUCUGUGUCUGUUAAUGCGUGUGCAUAUUUGCUACUGAAAGUAUCCUUCAUUUGGGAUUAUACACAAUUGGCUUGCCUGAUGGCACCUUUAGAGUUAAAUUUCAGUUUUUUUCUUUUUUUAAAAUAAUUUAUAAAUAAAAGAUGCCUUUAUUUAAAAAACGUAAUGCUAUUCACAUAUGUGAUACUGUAUAGCACUGAAAAAGACUUGUUUGGAAUCCUAAUGAACUAAAUGGGGAUUUAUACUUUUGUCAGACGUCCUUUUCUGAUAAUAAGAAAACAUUACGUUAUAUUUUCUAUUUUUGCUGCAUUUUAAUGUUACAGAUCUGGGCUCACAACAGUGUGCAGUUUGUUAACAUUUCUAUUUUAUAAUAAUUGACAUUAUGGUGCAACCACAUUUAAAUUUAGUCUUGAGAAUAUGAUGAAAUUCAACGCACUGUAUUUCUGAUGCGGACACCCGAUCCAGACCCACCAUCGCUGUGUUCGUGGGUGGACGUAUCUUGUGUGUGUGUGUGUGUGUGUGUGUGUGUGUGUGUAACUUGCAGUGGGCAUGUGUGCAGAGUUGUGUGUGCCCACCCUAUCAGUUAUCAGCGGGGGGGGGGGGGGCGGUGGGGGCUCACCAUGGCUGGCGACGCCUCUUCAACAAACAACUUUUUGUUUUUGUUUUGUUUGUGUCUUUCGCUCCAAGCGUGUCAUCUUCACUGGCAGCGAGGUCCCUGCCUGCGUUCCCCUCCACAUGCCGUUCAUCCCCCUGGGUUUCUACUUUUAGCUCCGUUCGUUUCCUCUGGGUGUAUACUUGACCGCCUUAACCUGCUGUAGUCCAGGACGAUGUAUCGGUGUGGGAUUAUGGGAUGGCUGUCGUCGUGCUCGACCAACCGGCUUCACAUCUUCGCUGUGCUUACUUGAAAACUCACGGGCGAGAUAUUUAGCAAGCUGUAUGAGGAGAGUUAAAUCAGUCAAUGUUCAAAUGUAGACAAGGUUAUGAAGGGGAGGGGGGGAGGUGAAUACAUCUCUUUCAGAAGGACAAUCGCUGUCUGGGGAGGAGGUGGGGGGGGCAAAGAAGCAGAUUUUGAUUUAAAUAUAUUUGCUCUUCCUUGAGAUUUGAUUUUCUUUGCUUUUAUGUUCUUUCUUAAACAAUGUAGUCAUUUUAGCUUUGACAAUCAUAGUUGGUUUGGUUUUGUUUUUCUCUCAAGGGGAGUGAAUUCUAAUGGUGUUUAGUUUUGUAAUUUUUUUGGCGUGCUGUUGUUGACAUUUCUAAAUUGUGUACCAACUGCAAUAAAUUAUAAGAAUCUUGAAAUUCAA